AUGUAUAUAUCGUUUAGUUGGUUAAACUUUGCAACCAUGAUACCAGCUAUCUUUAUGUUAUUACUUAUAACUAUUUGCAUAUGUUAAAUAAAAUUAUUUCAAUCAUUAAUCAAAAGAAAUAUACGUUACCAAGAAGAUGAGAUAUUUGAUGAAUAUAAUGGCGAAGAGGGUUUUGAAUGUUCAAUUUGCAUGGAGGAAUUUAAGCAAUUGGAAAAAUAUGUAGAGCUACCUUGCAAUCAUAUCUUUCAUUAUUAAUGUUUUAAUAAAUGGAGGAAUUACAAACAAUUAUGUCCUGCGUGUAGAAGAAAAAUUAAAAAUAAUGAAAUUAACAAACAAUUUCAACUGUCAAAAAAUUAAGAAGUUGAAAUUUGA